AUGGUACGCCACGACAUCUCCCAACCCCUUACUUGGAUCCUUGAUUCUAGAGCGACCUCUCACAUCACACCCUUCCAAGUCCAACUCAUCAAUAUCCGACCUCACACCGGCAACGUCCGAACAGUUGAUGGAACCAACCAUGCUGUCACUGGAAUGGGAAGCGCUAGUUUCAGCUGCCAACUUCCCGAUGGAAGUAGAUCUUCCAUUCUCCUCACCGAUGUGCUGUUGGUCCCAACCUUGAGAAAUGUGGGAUUGGUCUCCGAAACAGUGCUCGACAAAAAGGGAUUUAGAACGGAGUCAGGAGGAGGAAGCAAAUCCAAACGACCAUUUGAACUAAUCCACUCAGCCCUAUCUGGAAAGUUCAGUAUACAGUCACAAGGAAAAGCUCAGUACUAUAUGUCCUUCAUCGAUGAUUACACCCACUUCGCUUGGAUAUAUCUCCUAAAACAGAAAGAAGACGCAAAGAAGGCCAUGAGGGACUACGUUACCAGGAUCGAGAAACAGUAUAGCACAACAAUACUGAGAUUCAGAACGGAUGGUGGAGGUGAAUACAUCAACAAGGACAUAACGAACUACUUCGACACACAAGGAAUAGUUCAUGAACAGGCUCCCCCAUACACUCCUGAAUCUAAUGGAUUUGCAGAACGAUUCAACAGGACGGUAACCACAAUGGUCAGGUGCAUGAUCAUGGACCAUCCUAAGUCGUUAUGGGGAGAAGCAUACGCAAGAGCUGUCUACCUCAAAAACAGGCUAACUCACAGUACGAUUAAGGGAAAGACCCCCUUUGAAGCCCUAAAAGGAACCAAGCCAAGUAUACAACACCUUCAACUAUUCGGUAAAAAAUGCUACGUACACAUCCCAGAAAACUCUAUGCCAGCAGGAAUCAAACUAGCACCCCGAGCGUAUGAAGGAAUCAUAGUUGGAUACUCAGACAGUAAUAAGAUAUACCGUAUCUGGAUAGCAACACAACAUAGGGUAAUUGAAAGUGGGGACGUCACAUUUCCCCCUCCUGAAUCAGGGGAAUUUUCAGUGGAACUCGACUUCAUCUGCAGCCUGAAACCAGACGCGGCAACAGCACCAUCAGACGAUGGAUACGAAUCAGAAGACAGGUCUGAUCCAGAACCCGAAUCGUUAGCAAUCGAAGAAAACCUGAAGGAAGACGCAAGUAGACUGGGAGCCGGGUUGACGGGGCUCACUCCCGGACGUCACCUUACAGGAUCUGAUGAACAAGACACUAAUCAAAAACUACCAGGAGAUUUCCCGGCAUCACCGGAACGAAAGAAAGUCCAACUACCAAAGACGCCAAACAAGGGAAAACAACCUGAGUCAUCAGAUCCACCACCAGCUCCAAGACGAUCAAAUCGUGUCCGCAAGAAAAUCGAUUAUGAGCUUGAUAAGGAAAUAAGAAGGAAGGAAUACAACAACAAGGUAAUACAACAACAGGAGCAACUAAAAGGGUACAUUGAAUCAGUUAGAGAGGACGGUCCAGUGGAUGAAGGCGAACAACAAGCUAUGAUUAAAGAAUUCAAAGCCGACCUCAUAAAGGCCAGAAAGGAUCUGGACCUAGAAUACCAAGAUGUAUCCAAUGAACCCGCGAUCUAUCGUAUACACUAUGUAACCGAACCUUCAACCUAUAAUCAAGCCAUGAACAGCGACGAUCAACACCUAUGGAAAAAGGCGAUACAGACUGAAAAAGACGCCCUUGACAAAGCCCAUACCUGGGAUAUUGUCAACCGACCAACCAACCGAGCAGUAGUCAAAGGGAAGUGGGUAUUCAAAGUGAAAUACAACGCGGACGGAACAAUCGAGCAGUACAAAGCAACGUACGUUGCCAAAGGCUUCACCCAAGUACAGUAUCAAGACUACGAUGAGACCUUCGCCCCCGUUGCACGAUAUGAUUCCCUACGACUUCUACUAGCACUAGCUGCAUACAACGGUUGGAGACCACAACAAAUGGACGUUAAGUCAGCCUUUCUAUACGGUGUACUCAAGGAGGAAAUCCCUAUGGAACUGCCUGAAGGCUACAGGCAGGACAGCAAG